AAAUGUCCCACGUGUGUGCAACAAACAAGAACGAAUACGUAAGUACUUCACAAGAAUAGACGGUCUCGUUGAGGAUAACAUCUUAUCGUUUAGCAAAAGAAGAACAGCAGGAACAUCUCAUCUUUUUAGCAAAAGAACAACAGCAGGAACUCCACUCCAAACAGGAGAGUGGGUCUUUCAUUCACAGUCAAACUUGGUCACGAGGAGCAAGCACUACAAGUUUGGGACGUCUCUUGAAACCAAAAAGAUAAGAUGGGAAAGCUGUUAGAGUCUGCCCGUCCAUUCUUGCGCGGUGAGCUGGAGUCGAUCGACAAGAAUCUGCCUUCACUUGUGAAAGUGUUGCAGUCUGUUGGAGCCGGAGAGUGCUGGCAUAAGCACGGCACUUUUCUGGAGCACCUGGUAGACAUCUACCGCAUUCUCAAAAUAUGGAAGGCCCCUGAUUCCGUCUGCCUCUGCGGCCUCUUCCACUCCGCUUACUCCAAUUCCUAUGUCAACCUCGCCAUAUUCGACCCUUCCACCGGCCGCGACGUCGUUCGCCGCCAUGUCGGGGAGGCUGCCGAGCGCUUGAUCCACUUGUUCUGCAUCGUCCCAAGGCAGCCACUCAUCCACGAUGACCUUCUCUUCCACUACACCGACGACGAGCUCCGCGACCAUCUCAAGCAAUCCGAAGCGGCUGUUUCUGGAGAUUCUGAUGAUAAUUGCAACUGCAACUGGAGGAAGAAAGUGCAGAGUCUGGUUCCUGCUGAUGGGAUCAGAGUGAAGCACAUAAAGACGGGCGAAGAUGUGUUGGUUUCGAGGAGGAUCGUCGCGACGUUUGUGAUGAUGACCAUGGCAGAUUUCAGCGACCAACUGUUUGGUUUCCAGGACGCGCUGUUUGACAACGGAGACGGGCGGCUCGAGUUCACUGGGAACAAGUAUGGAGCUCUGUGGCCUGGCGAUGGCAAGCCGGGGCUCUGGAUGAACUCCAUUUCAAGGAUGGCUGCACUCUACACACUCCUCGUCAGGGAGGAACAAGUGUUUAUUCGGGAGAGAGGAGGUGACGCCAACCUUAACAUUUCUCGAGAUGAAAAUCUCCAACUCGUGGUGCCGCCAGUGUUUGAGAACUGCACCAGGGUUUUGGAUGCUGGGGAGCAAUUAGCUGCCAGGGACCUCUAUUGGGAAGCUGUCUGUGAUUCUGAUUCCCACGAUUCUGCUUCACUGCUCAACAGUUGCAUUGAGAAAAACCCUUUCAUCGGAGAGCCGCAUGUGGUGUUGGGUCAGGCUUAUUUGACGCAGCGAAAGUAUGAGGAGGCUGAGAAAGAAGCUGAGACAGGGCUGAGGCUUCUGCUGGAAUGGGCGAGUUCUUGGGACAAGAGGAUGUCUUGGCAAGGAUGGAUUGCUUGGGCCAGGGUUCUGCUGAUGAAGGCCCGAGAAAGAUCAUGGCCUCAAACUUCCUGGGGCAUUCUCAACUUGGGCCUCGUCGAGUAGCUACCUGGCUUGGCUAGCUAGUAGCUGGCAAUGAAUAAGUCAACAUCAAUCCAUAAAUAUUGGUGUCUAGUUCUGUUUUUUUUUCUUCGUCUGUUAGUAAGAAAUAAUUGCGUAGUUAUAUAUGAUGCAUCAGGCCAGGUCCCAUUUGCAUUU